CUCCUAACUCCCCGACCAUACCAAACCUUCAGGCGCAAGAAGAAAAGCUCCGACCUGAAGCAAGCAGAUCAGCUUAAACCCGAUGUUUUCCAUAUCCUAAUAACUAGCAUGGCAUCACGAUUCGGAGCAUCCUCGCUCCAUCAACGCGAUCCACGCAGUGCGCUCUUCGAAAACUACCACGCGUCACCUCCUCCUCCUCCUAGUCGCACCGGUUAUUAUGGAUAUAAUAAUCCACCACAAGCAGCAGCAGGAGGGCUGGGUGUCCCGCAAGGACAUGGUGGAUAUAGACCUGCGACGCCGAAUUCUAGAGGUCAAUAUAGUGAUGCCGUAUUGAACGAGUUAGAGAGCCAGAAUGAUGGGCAGGUGGAAGGUAUCAUGGGGAAAGUUAGGCAGUUGAAAGAUAUGACGAUAGCAAUCGGCGACGAAAUCCGCGACUCGACAGCGCUAGCCGAGAAAAUGAACGAUUCCUUUGAUAACACGAGACUCCGGUUACGCGGGACCAUGAAUCGAAUGUUGUUGAUGGCCGAGAGAACCGGGGUGGGUUGGAAGGUCUGGGGCGCUUUCUUUGUUGCGGUUGUGGUUUUGUUUUUGUAUGUUUGGAUGGCUUGAUGCUUGAUUGAGCUUGGGGUGGGAGGGGAGGGGAGGAAGGGUACUGGUAUACCAACACCGACCUACCUACUGACCCCUUGUGUGUGCUGUUGUGUGUGUGGUUGUGCGGGAGGAUUCAGAGUAGAAAAGCUCGGAGUCAUCGAGUCAUUGGCAUCAUCAUCAUGAUCAUGAUCAUGGC